AUGGCGGCGGAUCUACAACCCGAGUGGAUUUCUUGUCUCCCGUCUUCCUGGAGUUAUGGGGUUACUCGGGAUGGACGCGUCUUCUUCUCUAACGAAGAAGCCAAGAGUACAACCUGGCUGCAUCCAGUAAGUGGCGAGGCAGUUAUAACCGGGCACAGGAAAACUCCAGACCUACCCACUGGAUGGGAAGAGGGAUUUACUUUUGAAGGAGCACGGUGCUUUAUCAAUCACAAUGAGCGGAAGGUGACCUGCAAGCAUCCUGUCUCAGGCUUACCCUCACAAGACAACUGCAUCUUUGUCGUCAACGAACAAUCUGUCUCCAAAGUGCCAGCGAAUGAGAAGAAGGACCGGCCAGUAAGCACCAUGAGUGAGGCCUCCAACUACACGGGCGGCUCGGACUACGCUGCAAACCCCAGUAGCCCAGCAGGAAGACCCUCAAGACCUUCUAAAAAAAUUCACAACUUUGGGAAGCGAUCCAACUCCAUCAGGAGGAAUCCCAGCGCCCCAGUUAUCAAGAGAAACUGGCUUUAUAAACAGGACAGUACAGGGAUGAAGCUGUGGAAAAAGCGGUGGUUCGUCCUGUCCGACCUGUGCCUCUUCUACUACAGAGAUGAAAAAGAGGAGGGGAUACUUGGCAGCAUCCUCCUACCAAGCUUUCAUAUAUCCAUGCUGUCUGUCGAUGAUCACAUUAACAGAAAAUAUGCCUUCAAGGCGACACAUCCCAACAUGCGGACAUACUAUUUUUGCACAGACACCGCCAAAGAGAUGGAGUCUUGGAUGAAAGUAAUGACAGAUGCUGCACUUGUGCAUUCAGAGCCAACCAAAAGGAUGGAGAGGCUAAAAGUGGAGCAGUGUGGACCACAAGAGAUCAACCAUGUCUCCAACCACAGGCAGCCACUCACACAGCCUGAGAUCCAGAACAAUGAACGCAACCGUGAGGUUGACCGAGAGCACAUUGCUGCAGUCACCACCGCCACAGAAGAAGAGGAGAGGAAGCAGCGAGAUGCUGAGCGCUAUGGCUUCCAGAAGGACGGGGCUGAGCGGGAACGCCCACUUACCAAGAUCAACAGUAUCAAACUGCAGCCAACCCAGGCGGCAGCCAUCAAGGCUAACAUGACCUCGCCGCAGCCUACGACUGAGAUCGACAGGUCACACCAUAGCCCCCGGGUGAAUGGAUCUGCAGACCAGUGUCAAACUGAUGGGAGUGGAGCCCCUCCUCAGCAAAGUCCCUCCCUGGAGCCUGACCGUAGCCUGAGUAGGACGAGCUCGAUGCAGCAGCUGGAGCAGUGGGUUCGCACACAGCGAGGGCGUAACCAGGAUGAUGAUACCAGGAGCAUCACAUCCUACCAGACGCUGCCCAGAAAUAUGCCAAGCCACCGGGUACCCUAUAUGCCUCAUUAUGGAGAUGGCUACCGCAGCAUGCCCAGGAACAGCAUGGCACAGCGGGACAGCAUAUGCAGCUUGUCGCCGUCGUUGUACGAGCAGGCCCUGGGUCCCGCAAUGGCUGAUAAGCGCCGCUCCAUGCGCGACGACACCAUGUGGCAAUUAUACGAGUGGCAACAAAGACAGGCCUACACCAGACAGUCUGGGCUCUACAGCAAUAUGGCCAGUCCCAAAACCAUGAUCAACUUGUCCGAGCACGCUGCACCGAGCCACUCCAUUCCCCCCUCGCCCUCCCACGGCUCCCUGUCCAUGUAUGGGGGUUACUCUCCAAUGCGAUCUUACAACAUGGGCAGUGCUCGUUCAGAAGUUUCCUCUCCCGUCUACAGAAGAGACUUGAGCAUCGACAGACGGCUCAGGCCACAAGUCAACAAGUAUGCCUACCCACCUGAUAGGAGGUCUAUGCCUGCAGGGAUCCCCAUCCAGACUAUCACUGCCCAGUCUCUCCAAGGCAAAACACCUGAGGAACUGACUUUGCUGCUGAUAAAGCUGCGGCGGCAGCAGGCAGAGCUAAACAGUAUCCGGGAGCACACUGUAGCACAGCUUAUGCAACUAAACAUGGAUGGCGACAACCCAAAGAACGACAUUCUCUCCCAUCACCUCCAAAGGAACCUCAUGUAUUUGGACAAUCAGAUGAAGGAAAAUGACCCUUUAAUCGCCAUGACUCACUCUUUGAUUGAGAACUCUGCCCCAAGGCCUCAACUUUACCAGCAAUUGAGUCCAGAAGACUUCAGGGAACAAGCCUAUACAUGUAUGCCAGAAGAAGUGGAUAUUGAUACUAAACUUAGCAGGUUGUGUGAGCAGGACAAAGUGGUGAGGACACAGGAGGACAAGGUCCAGCAGCUGUACAGAGAGAAGCACACCCUGGAGACAGCGCUUCUGUCAGCCAGUCAGGAGAUAGAGAUGGGCUCUGAUACCCCAGCCGCCAUGCAGAGUGUCAUCCAGCAGAGAGACUUACUGCAGAGCGGCCUGCUCAGCACCUGCAGAGAGCUGUCCAGAGUCACUGCUGAGUUGGAGCGGUCAUGGAGGGAAUACGACAAACUGGAGGGAGAUGUGACUCUGGCUAAGAACAACCUGCUGGAGCAGCUGGAAGCACUGGGGAGCCCUCAGACGGAGCCUCCCAGUCAGCAGCACGUUCACAUCCAGAAAGAGCUGUGGAGGAUUCAAGAUGUGAUGGAGGCCCUCAGUAAACACAAAGCCCAGAGAAACGCUGUUGAAGGGAUGGGUUUCUAUGGACCCAAAGCCAACUUUAGUAAGCACAAAAAUGAGGGUCCUGACUACAGGCUGUAUAAGAGCGAACCAGAGCUCACCACAGUGGCAGAAGUGGACGAGAGCAAUGGAGAGGACAGAUCUGAACAUCCAUCUGACAGAGAACACGCUGGACAAAAAGGGAUGUCGUACCCAGUUGGCAUCGUCCCACCCAGAACCAAAUCUCCAGUGCCUGAAUCUUCCUCCAUAGCUUCAUAUGUUACAUUAAGGAAGAGCAAGAAGCCUGACCCCAGGACGGAGCGUCCACGCAGCGCAGUGGAGCAGCAGCUGUGUGCUGCAGAGAGUGGCCGUCCCAGGAUGAGUGUGGAGGAGCAGCUGGAGAGGAUCCGCCGCCACCAGCAAGGUACCCUCAGGGAGAAGAAGAAAGGCCUCAACAUCCGAGGAAGCAGCCAGGAGAACACACCCUCUCGCAGUCACUCAUUUACGAAAGAAAACCAUUUCCGCAGCAUGCAGUCUCAAAUGAGGCGUAGAGAUGAGGUGAUAAGCAGCGACAUUCAGGAGCUGGAGGCCUCUCUCAGGCAGCAGGAAGUGGUGAGGGAUCAGGAGACGCCUGCUGAGGAGAUUGCCCGCCUCAAAGAGUCCUCGCAGGCUGACCACUUUAAUGUGGACCGAGAGCUCUCUGUGCCUGACAAAGUGCUGAUUCCUGAGCGUUACAUUGAAUCAGACCCAGAGGAGGCUCUGAGUCCUGAGCAGGAGGCUGAUAAGCAGAGGAAGGUUGACCGCAUCAAAGCCCUCAUAGCCAAAAACAGCAUGCAAAAUGUGCUGCCUAGUAUGGCUCUAAGCCCAGAGGAGGAGACUGAAGAGGAGGUUACAGUACAGGAGAAAGAGAAGAUGAUUAAUAUCUCCUACGAACUGGCAGCAGAGGCCUCCAAACGCAGCAAGCUGGUAGCAGUGAAAAGCCUGUCGUCCUCUUCCCCACCCCUUCCACAGUCUCCCAACACACCCCCUCAACUCACUGACGGUUCUCACUUCAUGUGUGUGUAGUAGCACCACACAGGCCCUGGCCUCAGUGAAAACGUACACAUGAAGGAAACCGCAGGGGAGGUCUAAAGCAGUUCCCGAAGACUUUCUCCCAGGAGAUCAGCACAAGGCCUCAGCCUACAGAGAGUGAAACUGCCUACUCCAUACUCACGGGUCAACCUCUGACUUCUGUAUGCUCACUGUGACGUCUUAAGCUCCUAUGCCACAAACAACACUUUUUUUUUUGUGUGACAUUUUCUCUGUUAUCGCCCCUCUUUAGGGUGCAACACUCUCCUCAGCCUCAUGACAAUACACGCGUUACUGUUGCAGUUUCAUCUUCAGUUUUUACAAGGCUUUUAUGUUCAUUUUUAUUAUUUAUAUGGUUUUACUAGGUUCUUGUAUGAAUGUGGGCCAGUGUCUAUCUGUACAUAGAGGAGGCUAAGAGACUGUUGUAAGCCUCGUGGCCCAUGACAAAAUGUUUUUCCAUGCCACAGUUUUCAUUCACGUUUCACCACUUGUUCAAAAAAAGGUUUCAAGAACAUGUUUUCACAUACUUCUGUUGAGUCUUUAUUAAUUCACUCAAUUUGCUUUUUGGACAUUGGUCAUUAGGAAACCAGUCAUAUUUAUCCAUUUAUUGUAAAGAACAUUUGUCUAUGCGAAAGAUGAGUAGAUAAGAGAUAUAGAUCCCUCCAUUAUAAUGAAAGGAGGAGUCACUUUAUUGCUGCAAACUUAAGAUUAUUUGUAAUUUCUCAUAUUUCUGGGUUAUAAUUAUUUAAAAAUGGGAUCAGCAGUCCCUGGCGCAUUGUUGCCAACAUAUAUGUGAAUGUUCUGACUUAAGUCACUCUAUACUGUCCUUUUUUAUUGCUAAGAGAUAUAUUUAAACUGAAAGAAGGAAAGUAAAAUCAGAGUUUGAUUCUAUUUUAUGACAUGUUGGUUUGACGCCCUGGAACUAAAAAGAAAAAAAAAGAAGAAGAAGGAUUAGCACGUGUAAAAAGCAAUAAAAAUAAGAUAAUUUUUUUGUGUGUAUAAAGUGUAAUUAUCAGAGGUUUACUGUGUAUAUAAUGUACAUGGUACAGCUGGAUGGGAGGAUAUGUCCAACAUAUGGUUACAUACGAGAUUUGACUUGCAAAUAUCCAGUUCAUAUCCCAUCUGUUUUAUAUCAUGUUAAAUAAAUGUUGCUGUUCUUAA